UUGGAACCUUUCGCUGUGCAAAACUUUGAUGUCUACACCCUUUGAACAUGAUUACAUAGGCUUAGCAGAGACUCCAUACAUGGAGAAAAGCUGUGAUAAGAUAUCCUCUUCAGUUUCGUCCAACCUUUCGUCUGAGGAUGAGAACAGUUCAUUUCUGAACUUCAAGGAGACGGAGCUGAGGCUUGGUCUGCCAGGUUGUGAGUUUUCUGAGAACAAACCAGGAGCUGCAGGGAUCUCUCUUUUUGGCAAGGAUUUGCAGAGUAGUGGCUAUUCUGCUUCCUCAACUCCUUCCAAGAGCCUCAAGAGGGGUUUCUCUGAUACCAUUAGUUCCUCCUCCUCCUCUUCUGGGAAAUGGAUUUUCUCUGCCAGUGAUGCAACUGGUGAUGAUUUGAGAAAUGGGGCUAAUACCUCUGCACUCUGCAGCAAAGAGGUUGGUUUGGUUCCUCACUCUGAGAAGCCGCCUCAGGUUUCUGCAACUGCAACAAUUGAACAUGCUCCUGCUCCUGCUGCAAAAGCACAAGUUGUGGGAUGGCCACCAAUUCGGUCUUUUCGGAAGAACAGAAUGGCCUAUAAUUUGGCAAAAAGCAACACUGAAGCUGAGGAGAAAUCAAGAGCUGGUUGUCUUUAUGUUAAGGUCAGCAUGGAUGGCGCACCUUAUCUCAGAAAGGUUGAUCUGAAAACCCACUGCAACUAUAUUGAACUUUCUUCUGCUCUUGAGAAAAUGUUCAGCUGCUUUACAAUUGGUCAAUGUGGUUCACGUGGAGUUUCUGGUGGGAAAGAGGGAUUGAGUGAGAGAGCUUUCAAGGAUCUUAUUGAUGGCUCUGAAUAUGUUCUUACUUACGAAGAUAAAGAUGGAGAUUGGAUGCUAGUGGGUGAUGUGCCUUGGGAGAUGUUCACUGAGUCGUGUAAGAAACUAAGGAUAAUGAAAGGCUCCGAGGCAAUUGGACUAGCUCCAAGGGCAAUGGAAAAAUCUAGGAGCCAAUAUUAGUACAGAAGAUUCUGCUCUACUAUUUGGUCAUUCGAUGAAGCAUAUAAAGAAGGAUUGGAAGAGAAUUUGAGUCUAUAGUUAUAGUUCUGUAUUAAAUAAAACAAAAACGAAACGCCUGAUGUAGCGUUUCUGUUUUUGUGCGUUUGGACACUGAUAGGUUUCAGUUUCCUUGUUAAUAUGAAAUAUUUUGCUCUUCACUCA